ACGCACUAUGAUUCGUUCGCUCUCUGCCCUAUUAUUGGUAUUCCUCAUGUCGGUCGUGAUAGCCGAAUUCACAUUGGUGGACAGAGAUGGACAGCCAAUAACAACACAAGCCGAAGGACUUCUUCUCUGGAAAGGCGGAACGGUAUGCGACGACUCUUUCGACGAAGAUUCCGGGAAUGCCGUCUGUCGAAAGAUGGGGUUUGGACCGCAGAUAUCUUGGAACUCGCAAACCCAGUGGACAAUACAGAAUAACUACGAGAUAGAGUUGGACGAUGUAAGCUGUGAUAUCAGUGGAGAAUGGGAUAGCUGUUCAUACACGGAGACUCACAACUGUGGACAUUCUGAGGAUGUCUUUCUAACUUGUCAAGGAGUACCCCAAUUUUCACUGAUUGACAACAACGGCAACGAAGUUCUAAACGGAGGAUCACUCGCAUUGCUUCUCUAUAACGACGGAACAGUUUGUGACGACAGCUUUGACGACAACGCAGGUAUGGCAAUUUGUCGUUUUAUUGGCUUCACAGGACUUCAAGAAUGGACAUCAGGAAAUCGAUUCGGCGACAUCCAAGGAGAUAGAGAAAUAAAGUUGGAUAACGUUGACUGCUCAAGUGGAGAGUGGAACUCGUGCUCCUACACCACUAUACACAACUGUGGUCACACUGAGGAUGUGUUCUUGUCUUGUGAAGGAUCCAUUGAUGAAGCAGAUCCGGCAGAUGAAACAGUGGCAACUUGUCCACCUCAAAUCGAGUGCCCAGAUGUGUCUGCUGUCCCAACUUGUCCACCUCAAAUCGAGUGCCCAGAUGUCCCUGCUGUCCCAACUUGUCCUGAUCAGACCUGCCUUGAUUGCCCUGCUGCUGCUGCUGAACCUCUAUUUUCACUAGUGGACAGACAAGGAAACCAAAUACAGAACGGAGGAGUGCUCGGACUGCUUCUUUACAAAGACGGAACAGUUUGUGACGACAGCUUCACUUCCAACUCUGGCAUAGCCAUUUGUCGUCAUAUGAGCUUCACAGGAUUGCUUCAGUGGUCAUCUGGAAAUAAAUUCCCCAACCUGCAGGCUAACAAAGAAAUCAGUUUGGAUGAUGUCAUCUGCUCACGUGGAGACUGGGCCUCAUGCUCGUAUGUCACUGAGGAAAACUGUGGUCAUAGUGAGGAUGUGUUCUUGUCCUGUGAAGGAUCUAUCAAUGAAGUAGCAACGUGUCCGCCUCAAAUUGAAUGCACAGUCCCAACGUGCCCUGAACUAACCUGCCCAGAAGCCCCUGCUGCGCCAACUUGUCCGCAGUUGACCUGUCCUCCUGCAACCACAUGUCCACAGGUUACAUGUCCAGAUUGUCCUCCGACACCAACCUGUCCACCACACCCAACCUGUCCACCACACCCAACCUGUCCACCUGUGCUCACCUGUCCACCACACCCAACCUGUCCACCUGUGCUCACCUGUCCACCACACCCAACCUGUCCACCACACCCAACCUGCCCACCCCACCCAACCUGUCCACCUGUGCUCACCUGUGCACCACACCCAACCUGUCCACCCCACCCAACCUGUCCACCUGUGCUCACCUGUCCACCACACCCAACCUGCCCACCACACCCAACCUGUCCACCACACCCAACCUGUCCACCCCACCCAACCUGUCCACCCCACCCAACUUGUCCAUCCCACCCAACAUGUCCAAAACCUGACUGUCCUGCAGGCCACUACCCACACAACUUAACCUGUGCAAUGUGCCCUGCCAACUUUUUCAGUCCUACCUCAGGAUCUACAUCAUGUAUAAGAUGUCCAGGUGUCGCCACCUCCAAGCCAGGCUCUGUCCAGUGUGAUUGCCGAGUCGGAACCCAGUGGAGUAAUGGGCGAUGUAGAAAAUGUCCCAGUGACUCUGCAAGUGUUAGUGGAAAAUGUUUUCAGUGUCCAGUUGACUCACUGCCUAAUGAUGAUGGGAGUUCUUGUGAUUGUCCAGACGGGCAGUACUGGAUGUGGGAUCAUGAGAUGGAAGGAAAAUGUGUGCCUUGCCCGGAAGGCAAAUUUAAGGCUGGAGCAGUGAUGCAAUGCGAGUUGUGUCCAACAGGGGCAUCAUCUCUAGCAGGAUCAGCAGUAUGUUCUUGUGAAAAAGGAAGCUUUUGGAGUGGGGAAAACUGUGAACCGUGUGGCUCUGGCACAGCUAGCUUGGGAGGAGCAAAUACUUGUAUCACUUGUAGUGAUGGUGCAACUGAGGAUCGCACUGGUUGUCUCUGUGAAGAUGGUAUGGUCUGGGAAUGGGAUGGUCCAAGCAAUGGGUCCUGCAAGCCUUGCUUACCAAGCACAUACAAAGUUGGGGGAAUGACCAGCUUGUCAAGAUUGCCCAUCUCCUUCUACUUCUCUACCUGGAUCACAGUCUUGUGCCUGUCCUGCUGGGACCUUCUGGAACGGACAGAACUGUGA